GACGAGCACGGCGAGAUGAAGCAGGAGGUCUACAACCUCGCCGCGUACGCGAUCGAGCAGUACGUGACGGAGAUGGAGGUGAGCAAGCACAUCAAGGCCCACUUCGACCAGAAGUACGGGCCGACCUGGCAUUGCAUCGUCGGCAGCGACUUCCGCGCCUACGUGACGCACGAGAGCAAAAACUUCAUCUUCUUCUACCAGGGGAAGACCGCGAUAUGCCUCUACAAGUGCGGAUGA